UGAUUCAACACAGAUCUACGUUCACACUGCAGUCAAAAGUGACCCAAAUCUGAUUUUUACUCAUAUCUGACUCAUAGCUGAUCCUUUCAUGAUUGUGUAAAAGUCAAAAUGAACCUGAUAUUUUUGAAGAACAAAUGGAAGCUGACUGAACUUCAAGAACAUGUAAGUCUUGAUCUACUUACUGAUACUUUAAUCCUGUGAACAGUAUCAAACACUGCUGAUCCAUCAUUUACAAUUAUAAUGUGUUUUCUUAUUAAUCACAUGGCUGUGUUAAAUAUUUGACUUCACAUCAAUUGUUAUUUUAUCUAAACUGCAAAAACAGGGACAGGACUAAUUUUGAUGCUUUCUGUUGCCAUAUUACAGACAUUUAUAGGCAGUCUUAUACUGUGACUCUUGACUCUUGAGGUGAAACUACAGAUAUUCUUGCAAUUUUUCCCAAAUAUUUAAACAUAUUUUGAGGCUGAAAUGCUUAAAAGUCUUUACAUAAAACAAAAAGUUAACUACAUAGUUAAAACUCCACAAAUCCCUGCGUGAUUAAAACAGCAACAAUCAUAUUCCCUCGUCUCACAUAAUUACCACAGCUUUAACUUCCGGUCUUCCAGAGCAUCAUGUCAACACUGAUGUAGAGUCUGGCUACACCAGAUUUACAAAGCUGUGAUUCAGGAUCAAAUUUGAGUGGUUUAGCAGUUUUAGAGUCAUGAUGUUGAUGCAUGAGCCUCAGGUUUUCAUGGUUGUGUGAAUAAAAUGGGGAAAACCUUGAAUAAAAGAACUCUUUAUUUGUGUUCCAGCAGAGAGCGCUGUAACCAAACAUUAUAUGCUGGACUGUUACGCAGGUUCAAUGAAAUGAUACCACUCUGAAAGGGGACAAAAACUAGCAUCUGUAAAGUGGUAUGAAAACUAGUCAUGAAAAUCCAAAAAUAAUUCUACUUACUCUAGAGAAGGUUGAAAUACGAGGAAGAAAUACUUCUUUUAUCUAGUCUAAAAGGAGCUCUCUGGUGGUCUGUGAAAGCCUAAAAAAAAUCUGGAGUCCUGCAUUUCAGACAGAUACUGAUCUUAAGGUGCUGAACAAAAAAAGCCUUGACCCUCUCCUCACCCUCCUCUCCCCCCAGCACACACCUGCAGCACACCUGUGUGUCUGUGUUCAGAGAAAAGCUGAGAGGCUCUUUGAAGUGAGCUGCUUGUUGUAGGAGACAUAAAUAUUCAAGAAAGGAGUUGGACGAGAUUAUAGAUUAAAGAUGAGAAGGUCCGAGUUACUUUUUAUCUUACAGAGAGCAUGUUUUUCAGUCAGACAGGACUCUUAAAAAGUUCAGUUACUAUUUACAUUCAAGAGUUUGAUUUUGGAGAUCAGCUGACAUUAACUCAGUUAGUAAAAUACUAUGAUCACUCCUAGUUUUAACAUGUGGUUGUUGUCCAAAGAUCUGAACAUGAACAGGUGUUGUCUCUUGUGUCCAGUGCAAUAAAUACACAGUAGAAAACUUCCUCUAACCAUGAUAAAAACUGUCUCACUUUAUGUAAUAUGUAGCCAUAUUUUAGCUUAAUAACAUAAUUUAUAUUGGCAACCAAAACUAGAUUAUAAAGAGGUUACUCAAACUCAAGUCAAAAUCAACAUAUGCAACAUAUUCAAUGGAAAGCCGAGACAACAAGUUAGCUACCUGUUAGCUCACCUUACACACAGCCUUAAGAUUUCUUCAAAAUUCAUUACAAAAAUUAAACUCUUUAGUACAUACUCAAAAGAAAUGUUAUGGCAUUGGCAUUGGAUGCCACAGAGAUUCUCAUAGGAAUGAAUGGACUGACUCACCUUUGUACAAAAUUUAAGUAAAAGCAAGGUGAUAAAGUCAAGAACAAGUUUUAAGCAUUCAGAGAUACAAAUCUGUACAUAGAGGUAUGCUAAAUCAAUGUUGCAAAGCAAAUUUACACAAGGAAAUGUUGAUUACAUGAAAAUGAGUUUUUAGGUUAAUUUGUGUAACCUUGUAAAUCUACCUAGUAUACAUUUCUAAAUACUUUCUACAUCCUGGACACAGCUGUACACAUUUAAAUUUUUUCUAUCAUGUUGGAUAUUUUGACAUGGGGCUCUAUGACUCUACCAAUCAUAUUUUAGGAUUUUGGAGUGGUUCCUCGGGUGGCCAAUCAGGGGAGUGGGUCAGUGCCACCCCUGGUCAUCUCCCCGGACACACCCCUGCUGACAAGUGAAUAAGGGAGAUUACCAGCACUUUUUAUUCUCUUUUCAUUUAAAUUUGAUGUUUACCUCAACAUUUUGAGAUGAAGUCUGGCAUGAUGGCUUUUUUGACGUGUAACACUUCAGUUUGAACUCAACAAGAAAAAUGAGGAUCUCAAAAUAAAUGAGAACAUUUCUUUUUCUGUAAAUAAUUAGAGUUCAUUAUUCUCUGCUGCUGCUGAACUAAACUUUAGAUUUAGUCUUCCUCUCACACCGUUGUCUGCAGACAGGAUUUCCUGUCUGUGUCUGAGGGAGGGGCCUGCUCUAAGGUUCCCCCACAGCUCCCAGCAGCUACACUGGGGGUCUGUUCUGGUAAAUGUGAAUGAGGACUGAGGGAGCAGAGUCAGACUCAUGGUAUUAGACUUCUCUUUGUUUCCUGCUCUCUUUGUGUUGGAUGAACAGGAAGGAUGAAGCUCACAGAAUCAUCACUGCUUAUUAUUCACUGUAGGUUUACUCCCUACUGUUUAAUAGUGACGUUAGAUCCUCUAAUUUUAGACUCCUGACCAAGCUUAGUGACACAAUCCAGGGACCGUGCAUUCUUGUCAAACUUCUGCAGUUGGUGUAACAAAAUGCGAGCAGUUUAACAAACUAGAAACUCAGACUUUUUAACUCCACGUCAGUCUGAACACAGCUUUGUUUAUCUGUUCCUCCACAGUGAUGAUAGCAGGUCAUCAUACCUGCUGUAAACACAGAGCUGAAAGCGUCUUUGUUCCUGCUCCUUCAGAUGUCUAAUGUGAGAGAAACAUGAAGAAGAAAACACAAAAAGGACGAAAAAUAAAAAAAAGAAAGCAGAAAAAGGUGAGUAAGGAAUAAAACAACAGUAUAAACAAUUAGAUUAAUGUUUUCGGGUUGAAGGAUGGCUUAUCUGUUGACUCUUUCUCUGCUGAAACUGUAGUAAGAGGGUUAUUGUAAAUAUGAAAAAUAUGAAUAUAUAUGAAAAAUCUUGUUUUUAUUAAAAUAUUAUAACACUUUAAAACAAAACCGUUCAACGAAACACAACAUUUUCCCAGAGUAUAUUGGUGUUAGCAUUACAAUAAGCUGUGCUUGGUGCUUGGCUAGUUUAGUUUGUUAGAUCAGUGAAUUUAUUUCUUAUGAAACAAACGAUUAAAAUCGCUCUUGGUAUCAACUGUUUAUUCUAUCGUAACAGUAACUAUAAAGUCGCUCACAGCCACUUCUGUUUUAAUAGCUUCAGCGAUCACUACAACAAAGAAAGAAACAUCAGUCUGUUAGAAGGCCACGUCAGAGAGCUUAAUUUCCUUUGAGCUAGCAAGAUGUAGUGACACGCUGAACUCAAGUUACGUAAGGGUUUGAUACCCAAAUUUAGCGUGGCUCCUCUCUUUUGGUUUAUCAGAUGGCCUUUUUUAUUUCAUCCACCAAAACGCCUUUUCUCAUUGGUCAAAUCCCGUCCAGUAACUCCUUUCAGCCAAUCAAAUAGAUUUUUUUUUUCCCUCAAACUGGAGAAAAGUUUUUUUUUUUUAAUCACUGUAUUUAUCAAGAAAGAAGAGAAACCUUCAAAAAGUGAAACCUGGCAGGUAUCUCGGUGAUGUAGUGGUUAAGGUCGCUGCCUUCCAGUCAGAGUUCUGGGUUCAAAUAAAGUUCUUGGCCUGUGUAUCUGGAGUUGGGAAAAACUUUAUUGAAUUAUAACUAUAUUUUAUGUUAUUUUAUCUAUUUGGCGCCCCUUAUCCCCUUCUGUACUAACGUUAUUAUGGUGACAAUAUUAAUUUAAAUGAAUCCAUAUCAUUGUUGAAAUGUAAAUGGUGGUUGUUUUAGAGUUAUUUGGGUUUUUAUGUAUAGAUUAUUCAGACUCUAUUUGCACUGAGGAGUUUAGUUUGAAUGACAUGUUUGUUUUUCUGCGAGGAAUAGUCAUGACAUCUUUUUCUCACUCGAAAUAAAAUCAUCUCUUUUGCAUUUUUUGGUUUGUGAAGUUAGAUUGAAGUCAAAGUUGUAACCAUGCAGUGCUACAGGAAGAGACUGAAUAGACUGGUCAGGAGGGCCGGUUCUGUCCUGGACUGCUCUUUGGACUCCCUGGAGGAGGUGGGUGAGAGGAGGAUGUUAACAAAGCUUAUAUCCAUCAUGGACAAUCCCUCUCACCCACUGCACCAGACUGUGGGGGCUUUAGGCAGCUCCUUCAGCAGCAGACUGAGACUCCCACCCUGCAGGACGGAGCGCUACCGCAGAUCAUUCCUCCCCUCUGCAAUAAGACUUUACAAUGAACAGUAACAAAACUGGAUUUACACCACCACUUUUUUUUUAUGGCAUUUAAAUUGUGUAUAUUGCAGAAAGCUUUAUUUUUUCUUCUCCCUUUUCUCUUUUCAAUUUUUUUUUUUUUUUUUUUUUUUUUUUUUUUCUUAAUUAUUACAUUUAUUAAGUUCUUAAUAUUAGGACCCUUAUUGUUAUAACUGCAUUUUGCACUUUCUGUCUUGUCUGUGAUGCUGCUGUGACAAAAAAAUUUCCCCCAUGGGGGAUCAAUAAAGGAAUAUUCUAUUCUAUUCUAUUCUACAGUGCUUUUGGUUAAAAAUACGUAAACACACACCUGUGCUCAUACAAGUGUUUACAACUCGAUGUAUCAUUAGAUGUGUCUAAAUAUAAACAUAUAUUUUUCAGGUUUCUGCAGGUAAAACCUCUCAGACCUCCAGAUCCAGCACAGAUGACUCUAACAGCUUCCUGUCUCAGAUGUGUCGCUGGUUUUCAGAUCACAUGACACUGCUGGAGGAGCAUUUCAGACUCUGUGAUCCACACAGAAGAGGAACAGUGUCUCUGCAGGAAUUUCAUUAUGGUGAUCAUCUUUUCUCUGCACCUUCAUCACUAGAGUCUUCGUCAGUUUGAGGGGGGGAUCUUCAUUACAGUUUAACAGGAUCAGAUCAGUGCAGGUCCAGACUGAAACAUGACAAAGUUCACCGUUUUCAACUGCUUUAAAUGUCCGAUUGAGAUCAUCUUAAAGAAAACACUGUUUACACAAAGAUAUGUAAGACUGUGACGGUAUAAUGUGUUUGUAGUGAAGUCUCCAUGGAGGUACUGUGACUCAGACUGUGAUUAUGGAGCAGGGGCUCACCUCCUCUCAUCACCCCCUCACAGAUAAGAGCAGCUGGAAACAAACGUUACAAAGAAGCUUUUGUUCAUCAAACUUCAGAAACUCUGAGUUCACUUUGUUCUGAGGAGAGAUUUAAGAGCUGCAGGAUAAAAAGGAAACUGUGAUUCAGGGAGAAACACUUCCUUCAAAGACACAGGAAACAGGCGGUGUGGUUUUUGGAUGCUGAAUGUUGCAUAAAAUCCUUGGAUUUGUCCAUUUAGUUUUGCCAAACUGCACCAGAACCCUGAAAGAUAUUCAAGAAGAAUCUCACAGAAAUGACCACAGAUGGAAAAUAUUAUCUUUUAAGAAGAACAAAAAAAGGUUCCUGUAGGAAUAUCCUCUGAGUCUGGGACUAAAGGGUGCUUAGUCUGGAAGGGUUGGAUAGUAAGAGGUUUCCCUCCUUUGCCUGGUUAUUCGGACAAAUACGAUUACAGCAGUCACACUGAUGCAAAACAAGCGAGUCAAGAUUGGACUAAUUUCAGUCUGACUGAGCUAAAUACAUAACAGAGAGAAUCCAUCACCAAUCGCAUCAUCCAGGUAUGUUCGCCCGACUAUAAGGAGUUUAAAUUAGAUCCCUAAAAGAUCCCGACUGGUACCCACCAAAAGUACAAGGGCUUUCUGAAAAUUAUUGCAGCAUCAGAAGACUCUUUCAAUAAUUUACACAACUUCUAAUAGAUCUUUAAACUUUGGUGGAAAUACAGACGAUAGAGGACUGAAUGAUCUUUGUAAUACAUUAAAAAAUGACUGAAAGUUCCGGGUACUUUUGGUGGAAAUGUGGUCUUACAUGUUAGGUAUAUCAUGAAUCCUGUUCAGUUAAUUAACAGAGAUAUGAUGAUGGAGGAUGCUUUAAAUUUUGGUGAAGUAAAAAUGUUAAAAGUUCUAACUGUGAAAAAAAUAUCUUAAAUAAUAAAUUUCAUGACUGGUUCUUUUUAAGAUUUCUUUAUCAAACUUGAAGCAACAUUUUUUUGCCCAUCUUGACAUUAACAAUAACUUUUAUUUUUAUCAACUUGUGCAUCUGUUUCCGCAGCUCUGGUGAACCUGAACGUACCCUGUCAGCAUUCUGAGCUCCAUAUGCUGACUCAGCAUCUGAAGAACGACAAUGACUUCGUUAGUUAUAAAGACCUGAGCAGACGAGUGGACAAUCUGAGGUAAGAAACUGUUAACUUAUGGGUUUGUGUGAGGGCUGCUUCUGUGUGUGAAAUGUGUCUGUUCAUCCUCACAGACUGAAGGAGAAACUCACCAACAAACACUCAGAGGAGUCCAGGAUAAACGAUUAUAAUGACCAUCAGGUGUUGAACCCAGGAGGAGACCUCAAGUAAGUUUGAAUAAAAACCAAAGCACUCAACUCAAGUACAAUUUUGGGGGUAUGUGAAUGAUCUCUCUAAAUGUUAACUGAAUUUAUGCAAGUGGAAAUAUUCUGAUUUGCAACCCAAGUAAAACUUGUUGAGCUCCAGUAUAAAAGUGUCUAACUUUGAGUAUCUUUUUUAUAGAAGUACUUAUUAUGUAGAAAAGCCCUUCUGCAGAGUCUUAAAGCCAUAAAAUACCAAACAGCAUGUGGCUGAACUGGAUCGAACUCCAGUUUAAACCGUCAGUCUGAGGUUAAACUCGCUGAGUUAUUCUGAUCCUCUGGGCAGUAAAUCAGUCUGAAACUUUAGCAACACAAACAGCUACAUAAACACGACCUCCUGUGACCUUACAUGACCUCACAUGACCUUAAGACAGGUGUUGUUACCUCUUUUGACCCACUGCCAUGAUUAUUUUUUUUACACACACGUCCGAAGACAAACAAAGAGUAUGUUUCAAUUGAGGGGAGCGCAAUGAAUACCUCAAAAUAUGAAACAUAAUAGUUAGCUGAUGACAUGUUUUUUUCCUCUUUGCAGAACAGCUAAUUAUCAGGGACGCUACAACGCAGUUAGCUGGAUAUAGACCAUUUCUGCUUGGAUCACAGCAGAUACAGUCAGUCUUUAUUUCUGUCUGUUUGCACUGUGGUAUUAUUAUUAUUAUUAUCAUUAAUACAGAGGAAUUAUAUCUAAAUCGACUGAGAAUGGGAUUGACUCAGGUCUGACAUAGUACAACAUGCUACAAGUCCCAGAUAUGAAGACACAAGCAUAAUACAAGUUAAAAAUCACUGUACUGACAGCACAGUGAAAUAAAGCAGAGCUGUUCUUUUCUCCGGUCCUUGUUUGUGAAUUUAUUCUCACAUAUUUUGGGCCCUGAAUGACUGAAAGGUAAAUUUAGUCAAUAAAUAUACCACAUUUCUUCAGCCUGCAGCAGUGAAACACGUUUUAACGACUGUAAAACAAUACUAACAGUCUUCAAAGAUCACAAUCAACCAUACUUGUAGGUCGACUUUCACAGAACUUCAAAUGAUUUUAAUUUAAAAGUAAAAGUUGAACAUUAAACAUUGUCACUUUGCUGUUUUUGUCCAACAGGUUUGCCCGACUGAGUGUGAGACUGAUUCCCUUCGACCUCACUGCAGAUCACCCAGGUAACUUUGAGCUGGUGUUACUGACCAGCUGCAGAGUCUCCAGUCUGAUCAGGAUGAUCCAGGACCGGGUUGGUGUCCAGACUUUUCUCCUGGAGGUUUUCAGGAGCAGAGUCCCCUCAGAGGAGGCCCGGCUGCCUCCGCACAGCUCCCUGCAGGAGUGUGGCUUCAGUGGAGGUGUAGAGGAAGCCCCACCAGAGUACACAGUGUACUACGACUACAACCUGCCGUUAACUGACUGUCCCAUACUCAACUGUGACUAUUACUUCAGGUUAGGAGCAGAGACUGCAACCAGCAGGGGGAGCUGGAGUCCAGUCGUCAUUAACCCUUGACCUCCACAAGUUAACCUUAAACUCCUGACCCCAAACACAACACUGAAAGGAUUAAGACGACAGUGUGGAGCAUUCAAACACUGAUCCAGGCUGAAUAGCAACAAUACUUUUUAAUGAAUUCAAAGGACAGAAGUUAGUAAUUUAGUUAGUUUUAAUUAAACCCAAACAGUCAAAACGUCAAUGUUAGCAUGCUAUCAGGCUAAAAUAUGAACCUGAACUGGGCAAGCACCACAGGUUUGCACUGAUACUGUCAGAAAAACAGAGUAAAGGUCUAAAGGUCUAAAGUAACAUAUGAAACACCUCGCUUAGGCUAAAUGAAAGUAUUUCAGUAACUGUAUUUUCCAAAGAAUUAGCAUGCAGAAAGAAUUAGCAUGCAGAAAGAGUUAGCAUGCAGAAAGAGUUAGCAUGCAGAAAGAGUUAGCCCCAAAGCAUAAGCGAACGAAGUGCCUGCUUAGGGCCCUGUGGCCAAUAGAGGGCUCCCAAAAGCAUUCAAUGUUUUUUAUUUUUUUAAACAGGUAAAAAGUAAAAACAUUUUAGUGCUGCUGCUGAUGUAGGCCUAUGAUUCUUACUGCCGAUAUUUCAAAGCUACGCUACCGUGAUGUGCCUUCUGCUGUGCAUCAAAGGCGCAGGUAGUUGUGGGGCAAAAUAAUGUCGCAAAAAAGGACAUAUCCUUCAGGAGCAGAGAAAAGAGAGAGCAAGAAGAGAAAAAACACCAAGAUAAAGGUAUGUUUGCAUUUCAUGUAAUGUUAAAGAGAUUAAUGAAGGUGUGUAAAUGCUCAACAAACAAUAUUAUUGGCAGAAAUAGAGGGCCCCAAAAUCAAAUUUUGCUUAGGGUGUCAUUGAGGCUUGAGGCUUGCUCUGUUAGCAUGUAAACCUGCAGUGUUUUCUACAUGCAAGAGCUGAACAAUCAGGCGUUUUAAUCAGGAGUGUUAAAGAGGAUUUCUGUCAGAAAGCAGCAGGAAGCUUCACACUCAGCAGCCUUAGACUUUUUAUAGGUUAAUCACACUCUCUGAUGGGUUUUCAGGCCUAUUUUAUUGGGCUGACAGUGUUUAACGUGUUUAAACGCUCAGACUGAUAGAAAAUAAAGAGACUGAGCUGUUUAGAGUCAGCAGAAAUCAACCGCAGAGAGGCUAUAAACAGCUACAGACACACACCCAGCUGCAACUACGCCCUGACACAUCCACACAGACACACACCAUGCACAAGAAACAGAAAAAAAAGACAUACCAGCAAGUGUUUGAAGACAAAAAUAUUUAUUCCAUAUUUCCAAAAAUACUGUGAAUAUAAAUAUUACAAAAAUUAAUACUGUGUUUUUAUUCUAACACUGUGAAGGUGUGUGCUGUAAACACACAAACAGGCUGCAGCUGAAUGCUCUCAUAGAGUAUUAGAGAUAUUUCAUCCAUUUGUGUUUUUAAACCAUCAGCUGCUCUCAGGAUUUCAGCCCAGAGAGGAAGAGACAGGAUUUAAAUGAUAACUUUAAUAUUGACUGUAUACAGGUGUGAAGUGGAGUGUUUACAACAGAAAGUGUGUGUUUGAUAAGUGAUGAAAUAAUAAAACAUCUCCUUACAUGCAGCCUCACUAAAAGAAAAAUAAAGCUUAACUCUGUUUUCAGAGUUUUCCAGGUUCUACAAGUUUGAUGAAAAAGACACAAUAUUGACUCAUAGGUUUGUACGAUGAAGUAGUGUCGGGAAAAAAAAACAAAUGCCACGUAAAUUUAAUGCCAUCCUGGUGAAAGACUCUGUCAGAUGAGGGUUUACAGCAAUGUGCAGAUGCAGUUUCACAGUUUUUUGAAACAGCAGUAAAGCCAAAAUGUUUUAAAGUCAUUUCGAGAUAAUUCCAGUUUAUGCCAGAAAUGAACCAGGUGUUGAUCCUGGAGCAGCCUGAUGAUUUUUUCAGAUGAAAAAAUGUGGAUUUAGACGUUUAAAUAGACGUUUCAGUUAACGCCACAGACGGAUAUUUUCCUCCCGGCUCUCCUUCCCUUGUGGUUUCUGUGCAGUGUGUUUACAGGCUGACAGGAGCUGGACAGCCGAAAGAAACUCUCUUUUUACACUCUGACUGUGACUGUAAACACAGCGAGUCGGUCCUGAAGUAGCGGAUUGUCUCAAAGCUGAAAACAAAAUCUUUUCACAAUAAGUCUGAAGUUAGGAACUGGAGAAAAGCUUCUUUGGUGUGGCUGAGAGAUCCUGGAUCUGAUGAGCUGUGCGGUCCUCAGCAGCAGCUUGUGUUUCAGCAUUUAGUCGUAACCGAGUUCUUGUUGUUGGACUUGGAGUCGAUUUUUGCCACAAGUAGCCGCAGAGAGUCUCCAGAGGACCGGAUCAGCUCUCUACCUCUGAAAGAAAAACACACAAAAAUUCUCAAAGCUGUAAACACACAGGCUCAAGAGCGGGAAUAUCAGAUUCAAGCACUGUGUUUCAGUUUGUACUCACAUGUUGUACUCCAUGCCGACCAGACUGAUGCCGUUGACGGCGAGCACUCUGUCUCCUGUUCUCAGUUUGUGACACUGAGCGGCCGGAGAGUCGGGAACAACAGACUUCACAUAGAUACCGCUCAUCUUCAGAGGAGUUUUCUACAACAGAGAGUGAACAGGUUUAAGAGAUAUGAAGAAAAUAAGGUUUGUUUUUAUGUACUGAGCCUCAAUUGAAAAAACACUGUAGCAUAAGUAAACUAUGAGCUUUUCCUUGUGAAUAAAGGUCAGCUCUUUAUGAUAAGAGUGGGCAGUUCUGUCAAGGAGAACUUAGCAGUAAAUUAACUAUUCUGUAGGUUCUGUACAAUAAUAUAAAAACGUCAGAUUUUAAGUGUAAUUUAAGGACAUCACUGUGUAGUUUGCUCCAAUUAUUUGUUGAGACUGUCAAGAUCUCUGUCUCUCUGCUGCUUCAAGCUGCACUGUGAGCUCUAAUCCUGACACAGUAUAUGAUAAAAUAGUUUGUAGGGAUCCUUAGUGUUCGAUUGUGGAGUCACUUCAUGACCAAUGUGAAAGGUUUCACAGUCUAUAUCCAUCUUGAAAUGAUUUCAAACUAAUAAUAGACUUUAAGUAUAAAUAUUUGUAGGUCAUCUAGCAGUUGUGUUGAUGUCUUUAGCGUGAUGAUGCUUAUACAUACUCUAGUGCAGCUGGUGAAAUGUCAAUGUGCAUGGCUUUUAGUACGAGUGUUAGUUUAAUUUGCAUUUUUUUUUUGCAAUAAGGUUUGUUUGCACAAAAAUAAUCGUGUUUUGCUCCAGAAGAAUGCAAAAUGGCUUGUUUAAAUAUUUGCAAAUAACACCAGCCUCCAGAGAUGAUAUUUGCCCAGCAGUGUUGUUUGUGGAGCUUCAACUCUUUGCUUGUGUUGUGUAAGUUAGAAAAUGUCUUUUUGGCUUGCUUAGGCACAAAAGUUUGCAAACUUGCCCAUAAAAUAUGAACAAUUACUCUUCUCAGACAGAGAAAAUUUGAUAUACAGGCCUGUCUCUGAUCAAGCCUGGUUCAAUUAAAGCUCUGGUAAAUUUAGCACUAAAAGCAAAGAAAGGACGAAGCUUGUAUUUGAGGAUUUACAGUAUUUGUACUCCCUAAACUUGUCCCACAAUCACUACUUAAUCCUAUUACAAAGGGUGACAGGUUGUAACAAAUGGGGAGGUGGGUAUCUGGUGAGUAUUAUGCAACUUUAAGUCUUUUUUGUUGAAGUUGCAUGAACAACAAUGAUUUUGUAACAGCCAGCCUAACAGAUUAAAUGGCCUGAGUGCUUCAUUUACAUUUGUCUAGUUUCCUCAUUGGAUUGUAUGCAAGCUUGUGUUUUGGGAACUAGAAGUCAGAAAUUGAACAGCCUAUGUGAGGGGGGAAAAAAAAAAAAAAAAAUCUAGACGAUAAUGUCACACAUUUUGUUACAUUUUUUCUUAAAUUACUUUUCUUUGUCUAAGCUGUGUGUAGAUUGUUUGUGUUUCUCAUUUUUUGCUGCACCCUUUACCUGCUUACACCAGCAUGUAACACUGUUUAUGUCAUCUUACCAUGAUAUCUUUUGAGUCCAUCAGCAGGAACUUUUAGUGUGAUUCAAUUUGUUCUUUGAGCUAUCCAACUAAAAUCUAAAAGUCUAAUCUGAUUAGUUACAGCAGAAUUAAGCGGCUACAAAAGCUUUUUAUUCUGUGUGGAUUAAACUGAGAAAACAUGAAA